AUGAACCCUGAGAAAGAGUCACGGCCUUCCAUCCAACGACUACCAGAGGAUGUUAUUAACAAGAUAGCUGCGGGAGAAGUUGUUGCACGUCCCGCGAACGCAUUGAAAGAAUUGCUGGAGAACUCUUUAGACGCCCAAUCUACAAGAAUAUCGAUUCUUGUGAAAGAUGGAGGGCUGAAACUUCUACAAAUUACUGACGAUGGCAUUGGAAUCCGACACGAAGAUCUUGGAAUCGUAUGUGAAAGAUUUACUACAUCGAAGUUACGGUGUUUUGAAGAUCUUCUUUCCAUUCGUACGUAUGGAUUCCGUGGUGAAGCGUUGGCGAGUAUGAGUCACGUGUCGAAUCUGACGAUCACAACAUGUCAACGAAACAAUGAAGCACCCUUGGGAUACUCAUGUCAAUACGCAGACGGAUUGCCACUGGGGAAACCGAAAGUCUGUGCCGCUGUCCCAGGGACAACAAUUGUUAUAGAAAACAUGUUUUAUAACUUGCCUGUCCGGCGAAAGGCGCUGAAGAAUUUAACGGAGGAAUACAACCGAAUUCUAGAUGUUGUUCAAAAAUAUGCCAUUCACAAUUCAAGUGUUUCGUUUGUUUGCCGUAAAUUGGGACAGUCUCAAGCAGAUCUUUCAACCGUAGGGAGGCUUCUAGAAGAUGAAGAGAAGGAGAUUGAAGUUGUUAGAGAGCAUUGCUGUCCUAAAAACAUGAAGACAGACAACGAAAUAAAAGAUGGCGACAUAAAGAAAGACGCCGAGUUGGUUCGAGAUGAUGUAACGAAGAACGGACUUCUUGCUGAGUGGAAUAAAAUAAGAACAAUGAAUGUGAUUCGGAUAAUUUAUGGAAGCUCGAUUUCUGUGAAUGAUUUAAUUGAAGUGGUUUUAUCAUCCAGUUUAUUCGAAAUUCGGGGUUUCAUUUCUUCACCAAAUGCGACUGUAAAGAAAUCCAACUUGAUUUUAUUCAUCAAUGACCGGCUAGUAGAAAGUAAUUCUGUAAAACGUUCCAUCGAGAAUAUCAAGGAUUCGGUCCUUCCUAGGAAUGCAAGGUACUGGAUGUAUUUGUCUUUUCGUGUUCCAACUUCUCAUGUCGACGUAAAUAUCCAUCCAACAAAAAAAGAGGUGUUGCUUCUGCACGGAGAUCAAAUUCUGGCAAAUUUAACGAAAAAAAUAGAAGUGAGAGCUCAAAUGUCAUUGCGUCCGACACCUCACCCUCCAGCUUCUGUUGACACAAAAUCGUUUUUGAAUUCGAUGGAAUUGAACAGCCCCCAUCAAGAAAAUCAAACAAGUAGAAAUCAUUCUCAGCAAACACCAAGCCCUCGUGUUGUCGGUCUCUUUUGUGACUCAGGCUCUCCUCUCUUAAAACGUCCUUCUUGGAGCGGCGAAACUUCUGGUUCCUCGGAGAAAGCGUCUUCGUUUGUUGAGGGAUCUACCAUUGAGGAAAGCGAUCGAGCGAUCCCAAAAGAGGCCACCUCUCCUAUGCCUCGAGACGAUGAUCUCAUCAAGCGACGGGCAUGCAAUGUAGGUUUCUAUUGUAGAAGAGUUUCUAUGAGGGCCUUUGAGCAGAAAGAUCAACCAAGAGAUUUCUCGCGAGACCAUCUUGCCCCAACAAAAGGACUUCCUUCAAGCGGAGGUCGAACAUUGCAGUCAUCGCAAGUGUUUCGAACGCGCACCGAUAAUCGAGAAACAAAACUUCGCACCUUUGUUGAUUUUCGUCCUUCAAAGCGCAGAAAAAUUGGAAAAAAUCCGCCAGGGGGAGAACAGUCAGACAUCGGAGUCUCAGCAAAGGACGUCGAAGCAGCUUCGGAUGAUGACGAGCAACCUGAUUCUGAGGAACCAACAGAGAGUGCAAAUUCCAUUUCGUUUCGUGCUUUUCUUGUUCUUCCGCCCGCUUCGAGUGAAAGUAACAGAGGCACCACCAUUCGCUUGCGUCCUAGCGUGCACCCCCUUGAAUCAAUCGCCGACGAGGUCGACGCCGACAGCGACGCCCAUCAUUUGGCAACCAUCGCAGACUUGAAGAGUGAAGCGAAACGCCAUGGACAUCCCCAAAUGGCCCAAAUGCUUAUCAAUUCAAGCUUCAUUGGAGCUGUAGACUGUGACAGUGCAUUACUUCAGCAUGAGUCGAGCUUGAUUAUGAUUAACUUGGCCAAAACAUUCAAAGAGUUCGAUCAAUCUGGCUACAGAACAGAAACUUUCAAACAAACACCAGAGUACGUUUCUUCCAAAUGA